ACAGUUAAAAGUUACUUCACCCAGCCACAAUCUCUUACUGAACGAACAAAUUGCCAAUUCUGCUCCAGUAAAAGACAACAAGAUUUUUCCCAAUGGACUCUCUAGCAAAAUCUAUCAACCAAUUUGCUGUGGAGUUUAGCAAAAAGUUAGCUGAAGCUGCUGAUGGUAAAAAUAUCUUCUUUUCUCCCUGGGGCAUCUCAACCUCCUUGGCCAUGGUGUAUUUGGGCACCAAAGGUACCACUGCAACCCAAAUGGCCCAGGUUCUUCAAUUUAGCAGAGACCAGGACAGCAAAUCUUAUCCUGACAGUGAAAAGAAAAGGAGAAUGGAAUUCAACAUGGACAAUGUUGAAGAAAUACACUCUGAUUUCCAGGCACUUAUCUCAGAAAUCAACAAUUCCAGCAAUGCUUGCAUACUUAAAACAGCCAAUAGGAUCUAUGGGGAGAAAACAUAUCCAUUUUGCAAUAAAUAUUUAGAAGACAUGAAAACAUACUUUGGUGCAGAGCCACAGUCUGUGAACUUUAUGGAAGCUUCUGGCCAAAUCAGAAAGGAGAUCAACUCUUGGGUUGAAAGCCAGACGGAGGGAAAAAUCCUAAAUCUCCUACCUGAUGAUGCUGUGGAUUCUGCAACCAGAAUGGUCCUGGUGAAUGCCCUUUACUUUAAAGGAACCUGGGAACAUCAAUUCUCAGUCCAAAAUACCACAGAAAAGCCUUUCAGAAUAAACAAGACUACAAGCAAACCUGUGCAAAUGAUGUCCAUGAAAGAAAAACUUGAAGUUUUUCACAUAGAAAAGCCAGAAGCCAUUGGCCUUCAGCUCUUCUAUGAGAGCCGUGACCUCAGCCUGCUCAUCCUACUGCCAGAAGACAUCAGUGGGCUGGAUCAGCUGGAAAAGGCCAUCACCUAUGAGAAUCUGAGUGAGUGGACCAGUGCAGACAUGAUGGAAUUGUAUGAGGUGGAGCUGCACCUUCCCAAGUUCAAACUGGAAGAGACUUAUGAUCUCAAGUCAACCCUGAGCAGUAUGGGAAUGAGUGAUGCCUUUAGCCAGAGCAAAGCUGAUUUCUCAGGAAUGUCUCUGGAGAGAAACCUAUUUCUGUCCAAUGUUUUCCACAAGUCUUUUGUGGAAGUAAAUGAACAAGGUACAGAGGCUGCAGGAGGCACUGGGAGUGAGGUGAGUUUUCGAAUUAAACUCCCCUCCAUUGAAAUCAAUGCAGAUCACCCAUUCCUCUUCUUCAUCAGGCACAACAAAACCAACAGCAUUCUUUUUUAUGGGAGAUUCUGCUCCCCCUAGACCCUGCAUCUCUCUCCUCAAGAGCAUCUUAUAGUGUGAAUAAUAUUUGUAAGAUGGAAAAACACAAUUGUAAUAAAAGCAAAUUUGUAGCCUGGCUCUUUUUUACAUAUGAAUAUCAGCAAAAUUAUCUUGAGAUAAUAUAUUCAAAUGAUUCUAUCAUAUUCGCAUAGUUAGAGGGCAUGGCAAUUUUUUUUUUUAACAUCUCAUCUUAUUGUGACUUUUACUUACAUUUUAGAAAUUUGGUUUUUCAACUGAAUGUUUUACAAUGCUUGAGCUGCCUAGUCACUGUAUUUUCACUGUCACUUAUAUUUCGCAUGCACCAUUUAGUGAAGAAAAAUCUUUACAAAGGUGAUAUACAGAUAAACAAGAAAUUUCUCAAGAAUAGUACUCUGAUGUUUCAUAAAUUACCAAUGUAAAAUUAAAUCUCUCUUUCCCGCUGCCUAUUUUAAAAAUACUUCUGUUGACAUUAAUGGAAAAACUAGUGAACUCCAAAUGAAAUCUGGAGUUUAGUUAAUAGUAACAUACCAAUGUUGGUUUCUUAGUUUAAAAAAAAUGUAUCACCAUAAUGGUAGAAGUUAGCACUAGAGGAAACUGUUAGAAGUGUACAGGAAUUCCCUGUAUUAUCUUUGUAGCUUUUCUGUGCAUUUAAAAUUAUUCCAAAAUAAAAAUUUUAUUAAAAAU